AUGGCAAAACCUUUAGAUCACAUCAAGAGACCUAUGAACGCCUUCAUGGUUUGGUCCAGAGGUCAGAGGAGGAAGAUGGCCCGGGAAAACCCGAAGAUGCACAACUCUGAAAUCAGCAAGAGACUCGGAGCGGAGUGGAAAAUGCUCUCCGACUCUGAGAAGCGUCCCUACAUCGACGAGGCCAAGAGACUGCGGGCUCAGCACAUGAAGGAGCACCCGGAUUACAAGUACAGACCCCGGCGCAAACCUAAGAGUCUCCUGAAGAGGGACCGGUUCGUUUUCCCGCUGCCGUCUUUACUCGGGGACGCAGCGGAACACUUGAAAGGAUUUUCCAUUGACUCUUUUCUCGUCCCCGGGGAUAAAACCAGAGCUCUCCUGGCUCCCGCCUCCUCCGCUUCCUCAUUCUCUCUCCUGGAGCCGGUGGCACAUUUCAGCACCGGAGCUGUCCAGCGGAUGGCGGAGAUACCGCACGCUCUGACCGCAGGCGCCGUGCCCUACAGCGCGCACACCUUUGGAUACCAGACUGGAGGGUUUGGGGGUCUGCCCUGCCCCGCACAGCACACCCACACUCACCCAUCGCCUUCCGGCCCGGGAUACGUGAUGCCGUGUAACUGUGGCGCCUGGUCUGCAGCUAGUUUACAGCCCCAGGUGGCAUAUAUCCUCUUUCCUGGAGGGAUGACAAAGAGCGGCAUGGACUCGUACGCUUCACCCAGGUCCAGUGUGUGA